CCCUCGCUCGCGUGUUCUCAACCUCUUCAUCUAUAAAGCACGUCUUCGCUCCCAGAAUCCCUCAGCUCUCGCCCUCUCCCCGUGCCCCCUACUCCACUCCCCUCCCUCCCCUCUCCUCUCCUCUCCUCUCCUGCCCUCCCUCGUUCUCCUCCUUCCACUCGCCAUCAAAUCCGAGCAUGCGCUCUCGUGCCCGACAGUUCUGAUCUCUUCGAGUACAGCGACCCUUCGAUCACGAGAAGCAUCAAGCAGGUCGGGCGGAAAUUGCAGUGGAGAUUUGAGGUGGAGGUGGAGAUCGAAGCUCAGAGAAGAUGUUGUCAGUGAACGAUGUGUUCUACAGCAACCAGGAGGAGCCGGUGCGCAUCCUGGGAUCGUCGUAUGGGCACUCGUCGCGGUCGCAGUACCGCGACGGCGAGUACGAGAACUCGGCUCGGUACCUGCACCAGAACUCGCGAGGGCGCGACGGCGCGUACCACAACUCGUCGCGCUACAGCAGGUCGUCGCACUCGCCGCCGCGGUUCCGGCGCGAGUCCAUCACGGGGCUGCAUCUGACGGAGAGGCUGUUCGGGAGCCGGCGCAACAGGUCCUCGCACUCGCCGCCGCCGUCGCGCGACGGGGGCUACUACGACCACGGCAGCAGCUAUGGCAGCAGCUACGGGCAGCGCAACGCGCACUCGCCGCCCGGGCGCUACCACGGCUCGCACCACACCAGCUACCCAACAUCGUCGGCCUCGGCGACCUUCGCCACCGGGUACGCGUCGUCCGACAUCUACCACGGCCAGCAUACGUCCACGGUACCGCGCACGUACCAGUCGACCAACUUCUACAACGUCUACGGGCAGUCGGUGCCGGGCCAGACGGUGAAGCUCAAGGUGCCGCUGUGCUGCGAGGCCUGCGAGGAGCGCAUCACCAACCACCUGCUCGACCUCGACGGCGUGCAGGCCGUCACCUGCGAUCAGAUCAAGCAGAAGGUCAUCGUCUCCGGCACCGCCGCCCCCUCCGACAUUCUGCAGGCCAGCCGCGAGUGCUUCAAGCACUCCAAAUUCUGGCGAGAUUAGUCCCCUCCUCCCUCCAUCCCAUCCGGCCCAUUCGACCUCCAGGCCUCGCUUGCUUGUCGAUCGACAUCGUGAUCGAGAUCGAGCUCGAGCUCGGGUGCACCGGAUUCCCCCCAUGUACAGCUUGCAGUAGUCAGAGUAGUAUUAGUAUUAGAGGCUACGUGCCAUGCACGACGGACAGAUUGAUAGACAUGGACCUGUCACUGUCACAGUCUGUGUGUGUGUUUCUGUCCCGUGGUGGCGUGGACUUUCUAUUUGGGAAUGUGAAUGAGAAGCAGCAGAGAGGUCGACGACGAGGGCGUUCGACCACGAGUGCACGACCUUCGGACGAGCUUUGGAACAGGAAAGGUUUUACUCGGAAGAUCAAGAGGAGUCGGGGCUGAAACGAGCAUAUGUCGAACGAGGAGUAAUGGCCGCCGGUGCAUGCGACGACCGCCAUGUGCGUGAUCAUAAGUGGCUGGGUUAAGCGGGCGAAGGGCGAGUGCUCGGAGUCGUCGACGUGUGUCGUUCGUUCGGUGCUCGUGGCCUCUCUGCUGACAGGGCCGACGGAUUUGCGGAGUUUGUUCUGGACUUCAUUUGUACCAUAUUUAGGUGGAUUCAUUCAUAGGUUGGUAGAAGCUUUGUCCUGGUUUUGCGGUCGUAAGAAUCUGGGUUGCCUUUGUGCACUGUCAUUUACCGACUGAUUCCAGUAUCUACCGAAGUGGACAUAGACUUUCAAGCCAUUUCUAUGAGAUUUUGAGCUGCUUUGAGCGUCUCCAACGCUACAUUUGUUUCAGAUUUUGUACAUCCAGCGAGCUCAAUUUUGUCGUGUAAUAAUAAAGUACAAUGUUAGACGCUUUCUC